UCUAACGUAUAUAAAGUAAGUGAUUAGUUGGGUUAUUCAGCCGCGUUCGUGUCAGUAGUGGGUCCGUAAAGCCAAGAUGCUGUCUGCUCGUGUGUUGGUUUUACUCGUGUCCUGUUUGACAGUUUUUUGCGAAGACUCUUUUCUCUCACCAUGUGACAUAACCGAUACGGAAUGCUUACGAAAGUCGACACAAACCUUUUUAUCUAAAACUGCAGCGGGUGUUCCCGAGUAUGAUAUAAAAGCUAUUGAUCCACAAAUAAUACCAUCUUUGGACAUUUUAUUUGAUGAAGAACUUGGUGUGUGGAACCAUUAUAAAGACUUAACCGUGCUUGGAUUGAAAAAUCAACAAUUAUCUGCGUUCAGCUUAGAUAAACAAACGAAGGCCGUAGAAUUGCAAACAAAGGUGGACCUCGUUAUUUCUGGGGACAUCACCCUUGAGGCGAAGAAAAAGGAAAAAUCAUUACCGGGAACCAUUUCAAUUAAAGGAAAGGCGUUGUGUACAGCCAAGUACAACUACGACUUCACAACCGAUGACAAAGGCGUAUCGCAUUUUGUAUUGGGACCAGAAACGAUUACCUGUGAACCUAUUGGAGAUCUUGAUCUACAGUUGAACCCUGAAUUACUCAAGGAUAUUAAAGAAGCUACCAACUUAAAAGAAGAAAAGGUAUACUGGGGGUCGCAUAGAGAUGUAAAUUAUAAGAAGAUCUUUACAACGGUCGUCGAAAAGGCGUAUGUAACAGUCGUGCACAAUAUAAGAGCGGCUGCCAAAGUACUGCCAAAGGAAGCAUUCUUGAAGGGCCUUUGAAGUAUUUUUAUUCUUUUGUAAAAUAAAUAAUAUUGUUUCAUCUC